AUGGUGUACGGACAGAUCCUGCACCGCCGUGGCCCAGAUGAGAACUUUCUCAACUUGAACGUGGGCGGCUUCAAGCAGAAGGUGCCCUGCAUCAUGCUCCAGCAUUUCCCGAACACUCGGCUCGGCAGGUUGCUCCUCUGCAGCUCAGAGUCAUCCAUACUGGAGCUGUGCGAUGACUACAGCGUGACGGAGGGUGAGUUCUACUUCGACCGGAACCCGCGCUUCUUUCGCUACGUCCUGAACUUCUACCACACAGGCAAAAUCCACCUCAUGGAAGAGUUGUGUGUCUUCAGCUUCAGCCAAGAACUGGAGUACUGGGGAAUUAAGGAGCUGUAUUUGGAUUCAUGCUGCAGCAACAAGUUUCAAGAGCAGAAGGACGGCGAGAGGGAUCACGACUGGGACAGAAACGACGAUGACCCUCUUCAGGAGAGUUUUGAAUCAUCCUUCGAAGACCUUUCUGAGCUGGAACAGGAUAUGGCAAAGUUUGAAGGCACCUGGUGUUCAGAGAAACGCAAAGGACUCUGGCUGAGACUUGAGAAUCCGGGGCAUUCUCUCUCAUCUAAGAUACUAGCUGUGUUCUCACUGAGUGUUGUUUUAAUUAGCAUCGUCGCCAUGUGUGUUCACAGCAUGCCUGAGUUCCAUCAAGUGGAUGCUAAUGAAAGACCGGUGGAGGAUCCCAUUUUAACCGCGUUUGAGACCUUCUGUGUCAUUUGGUUUUCAUUUGAAUUUGUGUUGCGCUUGAUAGUCACCCCGUGCUUACGCAAAUUCGCCAGCAAUGCAAUGAACAUCAUUGAUUUUGUAUCCAUUGUGCCAUUUUAUGCUACAUUAGCACUAGAAAAAGCAGACGGCGAGGAAAGUGAGGAGCUGGAGAACGUUGGAAAGGUGGUGCAAAUCCUCAGGCUAAUGCGCAUCUUCAGGAUACUAAAGCUAGCACGUCACUCAGUAGGACUACGGUCACUGGGAGCGACACUGCGCCAUAGCUACCACGAGGUCGGCCUGCUCAUCCUCUUCCUGUCGGUCGGGAUUUCCAUCUUUUCUGUGCUUGUCUACUUCGCAGAAAAAGAGGAGGAUGAAUCUGAGCUCCAGACCAUCCCAGUAGGAUGGUGGUGGGCAACUAUUAGCAUGACUACAGUUGGGUAUGGAGACACUUAUCCUGUCACGCUGGCUGGAAAGCUAAUUGGGACGUUAUGCAUCAUUUGUGGCCUUCUAGUAGUGGCGCUGCCCAUUACUAUAAUCUUUAACAAAUUCUCAAAGUACUAUGAGAGACAGAAAGCUCUGGUUGAGUCGGAUAAUUUAGAAGGGAAUUUAAAAGUCCCAAUUCCUGGGAUUCCUAUAUUUAACAUGAAUGAACUGUAUGCUAACGGUAAUGCUAUUAACUCUAUUUUGGACAGUUUGUCCACAACGAGUAGCUUAGAAAGUGAAAGAGACGAUAAAGAGCUUUAA